AUGAAAUGUUGUCUUGCUUCUCUUUUUCUUUUGGGAACUUGUUUUCAUGCUUUAGCUCAAUGCAGUGGCCGCAGUGGCUCUAGCUCAGAGUUUCGUCUCAAAGGAGAUUAUCUGGUUGGUGGACUUUUUGAGAUUCAUCCUGUCACCGAGCCUGUAUAUCACGACAGACCAGAAACUAUCAAAUGCUCCAGAAAACCCAUCCUUCUACCAAAUUAUCGGAGGUUUCAGUUGAUGAGAUUUUCUGUGGAGGAAAUCAAUAACUCAUCAGACCUGCUACCAGAUGUAUCUCUCGGCUAUGAGAUGUUUGAUCACUGCUCAGAUACUCAGAAUUUUCCUGGAGUUUUGAACCUCAUCUCAGUCAAUGGAUUGAUCCGACCUUGGGUUGAACCACUAGAGCAACAAAGAAAUCAUUCUGAUGUGUCCAAAGUGAUAGCAGUGGUGGGUCCUUUAACCAGCACUCAAGCCUUGACUAUUGCCCCGUUAUUUAUGGCAGGUUUCAUUCCAAUGGUCAAUUAUGGAUCUACUACUUCUGUUUUUUCCAAAAAAGAGAAAUUUCCCUCUUUCCUACGAACAGUGCAUCCCAAUAAAGAUGUCAUAGAAGUGAUGUUUAAUAUUCUAAAGCACUUCAACUGGCGCUGGGUUGCUUUCCUCCACAGUGACAAUGACUAUGGCAAUGAUGGCCGUGAACUGUUGUCAAAAAGGAUCAAGGAUACUGACAUCUGUUUGGCAUAUUCAAAGAGUCUUGAUGAAAAGACAAAUUAUUCCCAAAUGUUCAAGCAGAUAGAAGCACAAGGGAUACGAGCUGUUAUUGUUUUUGCUCCAAAAAUUACUGCUGAAGAUCUCAUUUUGUCAGCAGUGAGACUGAAUAUCACACAAAAGGUGUGGAUAGCAGGAGAUGCUUGGUCUUUAAACAAAAGGCUUCCUACAGAGAAAGGGAUUGAAAAUAUUGGAACUGUACUUGGAGUGUCUCAACCAGUUGUGACUAUACCUGGAUUCAGUGAUUUUGUGCAUUCUACUAAAAGCAAAACUUACUGUGAAAACCAACAAGAACCUGGAUAUUGCAAUCAGGUUUGCAACUGCAGUAGUUUCACAGCAGAAGAAAUCCUUUCGGUGGACCCAACUUAUUCUUUCGCAGUGUAUUCUGCUGUGUAUGCCAUUGCUCAUGCCUUGCAUAAUGCCUUGCAAUGUGACUCUGACAGAUGUAAUGGCAAUAUUACAGUGCACCCCCACAUGGUCCUGGCAGAGCUGAAGAAGUCAAACUUUACACUUUUAAAUCAAAGCAUUGAGUUUGAUGAGAAUGGUGACCCCAAAUACGGAUCUUACUCAAUAGUUUUCUGGAACCACAAUGGUGAGGCAGAGGAGAUUGGCUUCUAUCAUUUUCACCCAUCUAUGAAUUUCUUCAUCAACAGUAGCAAAAUUCAUUGGUACACAAAUGGAGAGGUGCCUAUUUCACUGUGUUCCAAAGAAUGUUCUGAAGGAUUUGUUAAAGAGCAGAAUGGAAUCCACAAAUGCUGCUUCACCUGUACAGUCUGUCCAAAUGGAACUUAUAUCAACAGCACAGAGAAUCCUUACAAGUGCCUCAACUGUAAAGACACAGAAUGGUCUGCAGAUGGAAGUACAUCAUGUAAUCUGCGCUCAGUGGAGUACAUCCCGUUUACAGACAUCGGAGCUAUACUGAUCAUGGCUGGGUCCAUGGCCUUGGAUGGUCUCACAUUCGCCAUGUCUGCUCUCUUUGCCAUCAACUACAACACCCCUGUAGUCAGGUCUGCUGGGGGACCAAUGUGCUUCCUCAUUUUAGGCUGCCUCAGCCUCUGUAGUCUCAGUGUAUUCUUUUACUUUGGCAAGCCAACAACUCCCUCUUGUAUUUUAAGGUCAUUACCAUUUCUCUUGUUCUACACUGUUUGUCUUGCAUGUUUUGUGGUGCGCUCUUUUCAGAUUGUUUGCAUUUUCAAAAUGGCUGCCAGGUUCCCAAAACUCUACAGCUGGUGGACGAAAUAUCAUGGACAGUGGCUGAUUAUCACUGUGGCAUUUGUUACUCAGGCAUUCUUACUUCUUAUAUCCUAUGCUUCUUCAACACCAAAGCCCUACAAUGAAACAUCUUGGUCACAACAACAAAUUGUUCUUAGUUGUGAAAUCAAAAUUGGAGCAUUCUCCGGUUCAGCUAUUCUACUUGUAUGUUUGGGUUCUCUCUGUUUUGUUUUUUCUUACAUGGGAAAAGACCUCCCCAAAAAUUACAAUGAGGCCAAAGCAAUAACCUUCUGCCUGCUUUUGUUGAUCCUCACCUGGAUCAUCUUUGCCACUGUGCAGGUGCUCUACCGAGGCAAGUACAUCCAAACACUAAACGCCCUGGCAGUACUCUCCAGUCUCUACUCCUUCCUAUUGUGGUAUUUCCUCCCAAAAUUUUACAUCAUCAUUUUUCAGCCCCACAAAAACACACAGCAAUACUUCCAAGGUCUCAUUCAGAAUUACACCAAAACAAUAAGUCAGUAG